CCUGAAGGAUCCAGUCUCUACCAGCUGUGGACACUGGUUCUGCAGACACUGCAUCAGCUCAUACUGGGACCAGUCUGCUUCAUUGGGAAGUUUCUACUGUCCCCAGUGUGGUAAAACAUCCAGCCAAGCAGAUGUUGGUCUGCAGGAGGUUUUAGAUGAACAUAAAAUCAGUCUGAGGAGGAGAUGUGAACAUGUGACUGAAGGAACUGAUGGAACAGGAAGUAGAACCCUCCUCAACAGGAUCUACACUGAGCUCUUCAUCACAGAGGGACAGAGUGAAGAGGUUAAUACCCAACAUGAGGUGAGGCAGCUGGAGACCGCUUCCAAGAUCAACACCCUCCAUGACACUCCAAUCAGGUGCCACGACAGUCUUUAAAAGCCUUACCAGACCAACAUGGACCAAUCAGAGUGGUUCUGACCAACGGCGUCGCUGGUGUUGGAAAAACCUUCUCAGUGCAGAAGUUCACUCUGGACUGGGCAGAGGGCUUGGAGAACCAAGAUGUCAGUGUGGUGGUUCUGCUUUCAUUCAGGGAGCUGAACUUGAUCAGAGAUGAUCAGUACAGUCUUCUCCAGCUGCUCCAUGUUUUCCAUCCAACAUUACAGAAGAUCCCAGCAGAGCAGCUGGCUGUCUGGAAACUUCUCUUCAUCUUUGAUGGUCUGGAUGAAAGCAGACUUUCUCUGGACUUCAACAACACUGAGGUUGUUUCUGAUGUCACACAGAAGUCUUCAGUCAACGUGCUGCUGACAAACCUCAUCGAGGGGAAUCUGCUGCCCUCGGCUCUCAUCUGGAUCACUUCUAGACCUGCAGCAGCCAAUCAGAUCCCUCCUACAUGUGUUGACAGGGUAACAGAAGUACGAGGCUUCACUGAUGUCCAGAAGGAGGAGUACUUCAGGAGGAGAUUCAGUGAAUGAAGAGAUGUCCAGCAGAAUCAUCUCCCACAUGAAGACAUCCAGGAGCCUCCAUAUCAUGUGUGGAAUCCCAGUCUUCUGCUGGAUCACUGCUACAGUUCUGGAGCACAUGUUGACCACAGAGCAGAGAGGAGAGCUGCCCAAGACCAUGACGGACAUGUACUCACACUUCCUGAUGGUCCAGACAAAGAGGAAGAAGAACAAGUACCAUGAGGGACAUGAGAAGAGUCCACAAGAGCUGAUGGAGGCUGACAGGGAAGUUCUUCUGAAGCUGGGGAGGCUGGCGUUUGAACAUCUGGAGAAAGGACACAUCAUGUUCUACCAAGAAGACCUGGAGCAGUGUGGUCUGGAUGUUACAGAGGCCUCGGUGUUCUCAGGAGUUUGUACUGAGAUCUUCAGAAGAGAGUGUGUGAUCUUCCAGAAACCAGUUUACUGCUUCGUUCAUCUGAGUGUUCAGGAGUUUCUGGCUGCAGUCUACAUGAUGCACAGUUACAUCAACAAGAACACAGAGGUGCUGAAGAUCCUCCUGGGUCAAUACUACAGCUACUCAUCUUUGGAUGAACUCCUAGAUAGAGUCAUAGAUGUUUCCACUAAAAGUAAAAAUGGCCACCUGGACCUGUUCACUCGCUUCCUUCAUGGCCUCUCUCUGCAGUCCAACCAGAGACUCUUAGCAGGCCUGUUGGGUCAGACAGAGAACAGUCCAGAAACCAUCCAAAAAGUCAUCAGUAAUUUAAAAAGUAAAGACAGAGCCAGUACUGAUCUAUGUCCUGACAGAAGCAUCAACAUCUUCCACUGUCUGAUGGAGAUAAAUGACCUCUCAGUUUAUCAGGAGAUUCAAGAGUUCAUGAAGUCAGAGAACAGAUCAGAGAAGAAGCUCUCAGAAAUCCAAUGUUCAGCUCUGGCCUACAUGCUGCAGAUGUCAGAGGAGGUUCUGGAUGAGCUGGACCUGGAGAAAUACAACACAACAGAAUGGGGACGACAUAGACUGAUCCCAGUUGUGAGGAACUGCAGGAAGGUUCGACUUGUGGGUUGUCGACUCUUUGACGCUCAGUGUGAAGUUGUUGCUUCAGCUCUGAAGGCCAACCCUUCCCAUCUGACCGAGCUGGAUCUCAGUCAAAAUGACUUGAGUUACUCCGUUGUGGAGAAGCUGUUUGCUGGACUGGAGAGUCCGAAUUGUAGACUGGAGACUCUAAGAUUGUGGAACUGCAGCUUGUCAGAGUCCCAGAUUCUAUCGCUGAUCUCAGCUCUGAACUCCAACCCCUCCUAUCUCAGACAUCUGGACCUGAGUGAAAACCAGCUGCAGGAUUCAGUAGUGAUGGAGCUCUGUGGCUUUCUUAAAAAUGCUGACUGUAGACUGAAGACUUUGAGAUUGAUUUGCUGCAGUUUGUCAGAGGUCAGCUGUACUUCACUGGUAUCAGCUCUGGAGUCCAGUGUCCCUUAUCUGACUGAACUGGACCUGAGUAAGAACUACAACCUCGGCGACUCAGGAGUGAAGCAGCUUUUUGAAAAACUAAAAAGUCCAAACUGUAGCGUGGAGACUCUGAGAUUGGAGUGCUGUAAUUUGUCAGAGACCAGCUGUGCUUCUCUGGUCUCAGCUCUUAAGUCCAACCCAUCCCAUCUGAGAGAGCUGAACUUGAGCUCAAACAUCUUGCAGGAUUCAGGAGUGAAGGAGUUGUGUGGUUUUCUGGAGAAUCCAGACUGUAGACUAAAGAUUCUGAGAUUGAGUGCUUGCAAGUUGUCAGAGAUCAGCUGUGCUGCUCUGACCUCAGCUCUGAAGUCUAAUCCCUCCCAUCUGACAGAAUUGGACCUGAGAUAUAACAACCUGCAGGAUUCAGAUUUUAAGGGGCUAUCUGAUCUUUUGGAGAGUCCACGCUGUAACCUACAGACUCUGAGAUUUGAGCGCUACAGUUUGUCAGAGAUCAGCUGUGCUGCUCUGGUCGCAGCUCUAAAGUUCAACCCUUCCCACCUGACGAUACUGGACCUCAGUCACAGUGAUGUGCAGGACUCUGAUGUGAAGCAGCUGUGUGGUUUCCUGCAGAGUGCGGACUGUAAACUGAAGACUCUAAGAAUGAAGACCUGUGAUUUGUCAGAGAUCAGUUGGGCUUCUCUGAUCACAGCUCUGAAGUCCAACCCCUCCUCUCUGACAGAACUGGACCUGAGGAACAACUUGACGCUGGAGAAUUCAGGAAUUAAGUCGCUCUGUGGUUUGUUGAAGAGUCCACUCUGUAGACUGGAAACUCUAAGACUGGAUAGCUGCAAUUUGUCAGAGGUCAGCUGGGCUUCUCUGAUCUCAGCUCUGAAGUCCAACCCAUCCCAUCUGACAGAACUGGACCUGAGCUUCAGCGAGGUGCAGGAUUCAGGAAUGAAGCAACUCUGUGAUCUUUUGGAGAGUCCACCCUGUCGACUGCAGACUCUGAGACUGAUGUACUGCAGUUUAUCAGAGGUCAGCUGCACUUAUCUGGUCUCAGCUCUGAAGUCCAGCUCCUCCCAUCUGACAGAACUGGACCUCAGUGGAAAUGAGCUGAAUGGUCCAGGAGUGAAGCAGCUGAUGGCUUUUCUGCUGACUCAAAACUGCAGACUGAAGACUGUGAGAUUGAAUCGGUGCAGUUUGUCAGAGGUCAGCUGUCCUUCUCUGGUCUCAUCUUUAAAGUCCAACCCUUCAUUGCUGGAAGAGCUGGACCUAUGUGGAAAUUAUAACCUGCAGGAUUCAGGAGUGAAGCAGCUGUGUUGGUUUCUGUCAAGUCCAUGCUGUAGGCUGAAGACUCUGAGAUUGGAUACCUGCAAUUUGUCAGUGGUCAGCUGUGAUUCUCUGGUCUCAGCUCUGAAGUCCAACCCCUCCCAUCUGACAGAACUGGACCUUAGCUCGAACAAGACGCAGGAUUCAGGAGUGAAGCUGCUGUGUGGUUUUCUGGAGAAUGCACACUGUCAACUGCAGACUUUGAGAUUGAGCAGCUGCAGGUUAUCAGAGAUCAGCUGUGCUUGUCUGGCCUCAGUCCUGACGUCCAGCCCCUCCCAUCUGACAGUACUGGACUUGAGUUACAACGAGCUGCAGGAUUCAGGAGUGAAACAGCUGUGUGGUUUCCUGGAGCAUCCACACUGCCAUCUGAAGACUCUGAGCCUGAGCGGAUGCAGGUUGUCAGAGGUCAGCUGCGAUUCUCUGGCCUCAGCUCUGAAGUCCAACCCCUCCCAUCUGAGAGAACUGGACCUGAAUUACAAUGAGCUACAAGAUUCAGGAGUGAAGCUGCUGUGUGGUUUCCUGGAGAGUCCACACUGUCGUCUGCAGACUCUGAGAUUGAGGGGCUGCCGGUUGUCAGAGGUCAGCUGUGAUUCUCUGGUCUUAGCUCUGAAGUCUAACCCCUCCCAUCUGACAGAACUGGACCUGAGUAAAAACAAACUGCAGGAUUCAGGAGGGAAGAAGCUAUGCGGUUUUCUUGAGAGCCCACAUUGUAGACUGCAGACUCUGAGAUUGAUUGAAUGCAGUUUGUCAGAGAUUACCCAUAAUACUCUGGCCUCAGCUGUGAAGUCCAACCCCUUCCAUCUGAGAGAGCUGGAACUGAGUGCUGAUAGGGAUUUGAAAGACUCAGGAGUGAAACAGCUCUCUGAUCUGCUACAGAGUCCAAACUAUAGACUCGAAAUUGUGAGGCUUGACCACUGGCCAAUAAACGCAUUCACAGCAAAAACCUGCAUCUCCGACUUCAAACUGGAGCCAGAUAAGGAGCCUGAUCUGUGUGAGGACAACACAGAAGUAAUACAGCCUCCAUCAAACUUCACUCCUGAAGUCCAAACUGAAGAAGUUUCUGCUAAAGUCUCAUACAGAUUCAAGUGUCAGAGUUCAGGUGUGUUCCAGUGUACUCUGACUGGGCUGGUGUUUGUAAUGGCACGGGAGGCGGAGCUUCUGUACAGAACUGUCCAAUGGGAUGAGAAUCUCCUUCAACCAGCUAAAAAGACUCCUGCAGGGCCGCUGUUUAGCAUCAAGUGUUCUGAGGAUGCAGUCUGUCAGCUGCACCUCCCUCACUGUGAAACAAAGGAAGCUCUGUGUUUUGAAGGCCUGCUCUCUGUUGCCCACAUCACUGAUGAUGAUGGGAUGAACAUCUUGAAACCCCUGGAGAUCACUGAUACCCAUGUGGUGGUGAAGGUCCCCCACCUCUCUAACUUUGGUCUUCUCUGGGACACUGUGAAAAGGUUCCUGAAAAUAAACCUGCCAGUUAAUGGCCAAAUCCUGCUGUUCCACCGAUCUCCAAUACUCGAUGUGCUUCUUCUGCCGGAAAACAUCCCUCUGCCAGAGGUUGCUGCCCAACAACGAGGUGCUGAGAACAUCAGGACCUCCUCUGAGUGCUCUCUCAUUGUGAAUAAAAGUUACAGCGUCCGCUGUGUCCCUGAAGGCCUCACCAUACAGCCUGAGCACCAGCUGUUUCGUUUAAAGUUUGGACCAAAUUUCCAUCCAACAUUUGAAAUCUUCCCAACGGAAAACCUAAAGAAAGUAACUGUGAUGGUCCGAGACCAGGAGAAGACUGAUGUCUGGAAACGUGAUGUUCAUCUGACAGCUCCAGGAGCAAGAAGAGAAGUUUUAGAGAGGAAUGUUCCAGCACCAGACAGCGUCUCGGAUGAUGAUGGAGUCCAGCCACAGGACAGGCUCUUCUUAGAUCGGACACAGUUUGUUCAAAGGGUGACUGAACCUGUUCUAGACAGGCUGCUGGAUAAACUCUACCAGCGUAAAGUUCUAAAUUAUCAUGAGAUGGAAACAGUAAAAGAAAAGAUCAGAGCAGAAAAAGCUCGAGAUGUGAUCGACAUGGUGCGAAGAAAAGGAACUGAAGCCAGCGCAAUUCUCAUCGAUGCUCUUUGCGAGGAGGAUUUCUACCUUUCCAGAGAGCUGAAGUUAUCGUGAAGCUACAACAAGAAGCUACAGAGCUGUGAUGGUGGACCUGGAGGACAGAUGACUGAUUUAAAGUCUUACGCUACUUACUGUGGUCUGGUAACACACUUUAAGGAAGGAAGGAAGGAAGGAAGGAAGGAAGGAAGGAAGGAAGGAAGGAAGGAAGGAAGGAAGGAAGGAAGGAAGGAAGGAAGGAAGGAAGAAAGAAAGAAAGAAUUUGUUUAUUAAAUUUUGUUUUAUUUGUUUUAUGGGGUUUUGCAGAUGAUCUUCAGCUAACACCAACAUGUGAGCUGAAUUUAGUCACAAGAUUAAAGCUGUAAAUGGGUGUGAAAUGACAAGGAGAUGAGAGACUGAACUGCAAAGCUGGUUUCUCUCAUGAGCACGAGGAUUUCAGCAGGACAGUUUGCUCUGUUCUUUUCCUACUUUUGCCCAUCGUAGCUGGAAGCUUCUUGCUGGAGAUUAACCAUCCUUGCUGGAGAGCGAACGAAGUGAUGCAGAAACCAGUCUGGAAAUCUUUGUGCAUUAAAAAAUGGCAGAUGAG